AGAUUCUGUGAUGCUGUGCCAAUGAAGAACAAGAAGCUCACCACCCAGCGAGAUCUCAACGGAGUGCAAUGGUUCUACUUCCUCGAGCCUUCCAUGAUGAAGAGGAGGAGGAAGGGAAAGUGGGCCCCGUUCAACCUCUUGGAGAACUGUGCUCUCGAGACCGCGUACCAGCAGGAACAGGAGGAGGUGACGUUCGGUGCUGGACUUUUACCGGCGUGCAUUCCGGACAGGACACAGCGGAACGACAUCGAUGGAUCCUCGCGCAAGAUCCUUCGAGGAACCUGGUUCUAUCAAGCAAGUGAUGGAUCUCUUCAGCCGUACCCCGAGCAUGUUGCUGAUCAUCUGGAAUGCUUCUUCAGCGAGAUCUCAGAGAGUGACGAGAUGUUAUUUUACAUCCAGCACGGCAAGCAGAUGAAGCGGAACUCGCAGCUGUUCAGCAGUCUGAAUGAAGGAAUAUUCGUCGGGGAAGGAUCAGGGGGGAAGAGGUUCGUUCACAGAGCAGCGGAAGGAGAGUUCUGUCAGGUCAGCGAGUCGGGAACUUUUCGCUACGUUACCCCUAUCUAUCAGGAGGGUCGACUAGAGAUGAAAGCGGUGACCCCGUCCUUGCUGGAGAACUGCGGGUCAAAGACUUCAGAAGCCAGCAGUGGGUUCUGGUCGAUGUUGUCGAACCACGACGUUGCGAUACUGCCUGAAGUUGACCUUCAACAAGUUUUAACCGAUCUCAACGAUGCUGCGGUUGCUAUCGUGGAUAACACAAGAACUCGUCCGGCCAAGAAAGCAGAUCCAGGGCUCCUACUGGACUGGAUUCUUCCGCGUUCAUCGCAUCAAGCCAGGCAGCUCGUGUGACGGCACCAAGAUAACACCAGGAGACAUCCUGAUUGAAAUUGAUGGGACUAGUGUCUCAGGCAAGUCCCUCGAGGACGUCGCCAAACUUCUCGAGGGGAGAGAAGGCUCGGUAGUCUCUGUGAGGCUAGAGGAAUCCAAGUGCGACGCAGGGAGAUCCCUCCCUCACAGUCGUUCUCAACUAAAAGCGGGCGUUUACCACGCCACCAUUGAGUUCUGUAAAAAGCACGGCGCCUUCAAACCGCGGACGAUGGGCUCGGUCCCGAACGUCGGGCUCAUGGCCCAGGCGGCGGAAGAGUACGGCUCGCACAACAAAACCUUCCACCUUCCGCCCAACGGCAAGGUGCGCGUGGAGGACGACGGGGGACGCCAUUAUCUGGAUCACGAGGGUCGCCGCGUGCGAAAUCUGGGCGGGCGUGCCAUGCCAAAGGAUGCGCCGGUCCGCCAAUUGGGAUGA